CCCCAACCCAAGUCAUGAUGGCGGAACUGUAAGCGUCGGACGAGCAGGAGUGCACCGCCCGUCCUCCGUGAGCAAGUGUACAUAGUUAUUUAUUUAUUCAACCAACUUUCCUGCCUCCUCCCCGCUAUGACCCGCUGGAUUCCCACUAAAAGACAGAAGUAUGGAGUCGCAAUCUACAAUUAUGAUUCCAAUGGGGAGCAGGAGCUGUGUCUUCAGGUGGGGGACCCAGUGCACAUACUUGAGAAAUUUGAAGGCUGGUAUAGGGGUUACUCUCUACGAAAUAAAUCCCAGAAGGGUAUUUUCCCAGCUUCCUACAUCUCCUUAAAGGAGGCUCGGGUUGAAGGAUCAGGCCAGCAGGAAACGAUUAUUCCAGCAGAUUUACCGCUGGUGCAGGAGCUUGGGGCUACCCUGAGGGAAUGGGCGCAGAUAUGGCACAAGCUCUAUGUGGCAAACAAGAUAACCUUGUUCAGAAGUGUGCAGCAAAUGGCCUACAGCCUCAUUGAGUAUCGAUCUCAGAUAGUGUCAGGAACGCUGCCCAAAGAUGACCUUGUAGAGUUAAAGAAGAAAGUCACUGCGAAGAUUGAUCAUGGAAACCGGAUUCUUGGGUUGGACCUGGUUGUGCGAGAUGAGGCAGGAAACAUGCUUCAUCCCGACCGCACCAGUACGGUCAGCCUGUUCCGGGCUCACGAGACCGCUUCCCGCAGCAUUGAUGAAAGAAUACAAGAAGAGAAGACUAAGCUUCAAAACCGGAAAAUGAGUUAUCAGACCCUUCUCAGUUCGGUUCACACCUACAGCCUUCUCAUGAAUCUGAGAAACUUUGUGUGCAACAUCGGGGAAGAUUCGGAGCUGCUCAUGUCCCUCUACGAUCCAGACCAGUCGGAAUUCAUCAGCGAGAACUUCCUGGCAGACUGGGACAGUAAGGGGAUGCCUAAAGAAAUGACAAAACUCAACAACCUGCCAGCCCUAUUCACGGACCUGAGCAGCAGUGACUUGAUGAGGCAGCGACUCUUCCUGGUGUGUCAGAUCAUCAGGGUGGGCAGCAUGGAGCUCAAAGAGGGCAAGAAACAAACUGGCGGUCUGAGGAGACCGUUUGGUGUGGCUGUGAUGGACAUAACAGACAUUGCCCACGGCACAGUUGACGAUGAAGACAAACAGCAUUUCAUCCCCUUUCAGCAGAUAGCUAUGGAAACCUACAUCCGCCAGAGGCAGCUCAUCAUGUCUCCGCUUAUCCCCUCCAGAGUCAUAGGAGAGAACGAGCCGCUCACGGCUGUCUUCAACAAAGUCAUCGCCACGCGGGAGGUCAAUCACAAAGGCCAGGGACUGUUUGUGACCCUGAAGCUGCUCCCAGGGGAUCUUGCUCAAGUCAGGAAGGACUACCCACACUUUGUAGAUCGCAACGUUGCUAUUGUCAGGAAAAUGGGCUUUCCAGAGAUAAUCCUCCCAGGAAAUGUCAGAAAUGAUAUUUAUGUAACCUUACUUCAGGGAGAAUUUGACCGAGGGAAAAAGAAGACCCCCAAAAAUGUCGAGGUCACAAUAAGUGUGCACGAUGAAGAGGGCAGGCCUGUGGAGAAAGCGAUUUUUCCUGGGGCGGGUUGUAAGGGCAUGACAGAGUACAAGUCUGUCAUAUACUACCAGGUGAAGCAGCCUUGUUGGAAUGAAACGGUGAAGGUGACAAUUCCCAUAGAGGAUGUCUGCCAUUGUCACCUGAUUAUGACGUUUCGACACAGAUCCUCCCAAGACUCCAGGGACAAAUCAGAGAAGCCCUUUGGCAUGGCCUUUGUCAGGCUCAUGAGAAAAGAUGGGACCACACUGAGAGACGGCAGGCAUGACCUUAUCGUGUAUAAGGCGGAUGUGAAAAAAUCAGAGGAUGCAAAGGUUUAUCUCACAUUGCCGGCAACCUGGUCUGAAGUGGAGGAGAAGGAGAAGCAAACGGGGAAGCAGUUUCAGCAUUCAGGAGCUAUUCCUGUGACUAAAGACAGCUUCCAGAUCACCACUCUCACCUGCUCCACUAAACUCACUCAGAAUGUGGACCUGCUAGGCCUUCUGAACUGGAGGUCUAACUCCGAAGAUCUUGACAAGAUCUUGCGAAGACUCAUGGAGGUGGAAGGAGGGGAAAUUGUAAAGUUUCUCCAAGACACACUUGAUGCUCUGUUCAACAUCAUGAUGGAAACCUGCCAAAAGGACACGUACGACACCUUGGUGUUUGACGCUCUGGUGUUUAUAAUCACACUUAUUGGUGACAUCAAAUUUCAGCAUUUUAACCCCGUCUUGGAAACCUACAUUAGCAAGCACUUCAGUGCCACUUUGGCUUACUUGAAGCUAACCGGGGUGCUUAACUAUUACGUGGGCCAUGCUGAGGAUCCCAGUCUGACAGAGAAACUCUUCUCAGCACUCAAAGCUCUCAAGUAUCUUUUCAGGUUUAUAGUACAAUCCAGAGUCCUCUAUCUCAGGUUCAGCGGAAACAGUGAGGACGGCGAUGAUUUCCUGAACUCCAUCCGUUCGCUUUUUCUCUCCUUUAACUCUCUCAUGGACAGACCUCUGGAUGAGGGAGUGAAGAUAAAGGGUGCAAUAUUGAAAUAUCUCCCCAGCAUCAUUAAUGACGUUCAGACCGUGUUUGAUCCUGUGGAGCUCAGUGUUCUCCUAACAAAGUUCAUUGAGAGCAUUCCAGACUUGCAGCUUGUGCGUCAGAAGCUGGGCUGCAUGUGUAAAAUGGUGGAGAGUGACCUUUUCAAGCAGCCAGAAUGCCGGAACGUGCUGCUGCCACUGGUCACCGACCAGCUAAGUGGCCAGCUGGAUGACCACUCCUGUAAACCGGACUAUGAGGCUUGUGUCCAGGUGCUCAGCACAUUGCUGGACAACCUGGAUCGCAAAGAUGUGGGUCCCACCAGAGGGCACAUCCAGCUGAUAAUGGAGCGGCUUCUCCGCAGGGUUAAUCGCACCGUCAUCAGCAUGGACCGAGAUUCACCUCUCAUUGGCCACUAUCUCGCCUGCAUGACUGCCAUCCUGAAGCAGAUGGAUGACAUGCAUUACACCCACUACAUCAGCACCUUCAAAACAAGACAAGAUAUCAUUGACUUCCUCAUGGAGACAUUCAUUAUGUUUAAAGACCUCAUGGGAAAUGUCUUCCCUGCCGACUGGGUGAUCAUGAACAUGGUGCAAAUGCAGGUGUUCCUGAGGGCCAUCAACCAGUACUCCAAUGUGCUCAACAUGUACUUCCUGGACCCGGCGCAUUUUGAACUGCAGCUGUGGAAUAACUACUUUAAUUUGUGCGUGGCGUUCCUUACUCACAAGACCCUGCAGCUUGAAUCCUUCUCCCAAGAGAGACGGAAUAAGAUACUUAAUAAAUAUGGAGACAUGAGGAAGACCAUGGGAUUUAAGAUCAGGGACAUGUGGUACAACCUUGGCCCCCACAAAAUGAAGUUCAUUCCAGCCAUGGUCGGGCCCAUCCUGGAGGUCACGCUCGUGCCUGAGCCAGAGCUACGAAAGGCCACCAUCCCCAUUUUCUUUGAUAUGAUGCAGUGUGAGCACAACUUCAACCCCGGACGCACUUUUCAAACGUUUGAGAAUGAAUUAAUCAUGAAAUUAGAUCAAGAGGUGGAAGGAGGCCGAGGAGAUGAGCAGUACAAAGUCCUGCUGGAGAAAACAUUACUGGAGCACUGCAGACGCCACAGAUACCUCUCUCAGUCGGGGGAGGAGCUGGCACUGCUGCUCAGCACUCUGCUGGAGAAUCUGCUGGCGUACCGGACCAUCACCCAUGAUGAGAGUCCCGAGCACCGCAUGAGCUGCACCGUCAAUGUGCUGAAUUUCUACAAAGAAAAGAAAAGGGAGGACAUUUAUAUCCGGUACUUGUAUAAGCUGCGAGAUUUGCACCUGGACUGUGAGAACUACACAGAAGCUGCGUACACUCUCCUGCUACAUGCCGAAUUACUGCAGUGGUCAGACAAGCCCUGUGCACCUCAUCUUAUACCUCGAGACAGGGAGCAUGCGUGGACCCAGCAGGAGCUAAAAGAAAGGCUCUUCCAGGAAAUAAUUUGUUACCUGGAUAAGGGAAAGAUGUGGGAGAAGGCCAUUGAGCUGUGCAAACAGCUGGCUAAGAUGCACGAGAACCACAUGUUUGACUUCAUGGAGCUGAGCCAGCUGCUGAAAAAACAAGCAGAGUUCUUCGAAAAGAUAAUGCAUGAGAUGCGGCCACAGCCAGAGUACUUUGCAGUUGGAUAUUACGGCCUUGGAUUUCCGUCUUUCCUCAGGAACAAGAUGUUCAUCUAUAGAGGCAAAGAGUACUCGUUUCUUGAAGACUUCAGUUUAAAGCUCCUCUCUCAGUUCCCAAAUGCAGUGCGGAUGACUAGCACAGCGCCUCCUGCAGACGACAUCUGCAACUCACCAGCCCAAUACAUCCAAUGUUUCACUGUCAAGCCUGUUUUCACAGUCCCACAGCAUUUCAAAGAGAAGGGAGUUCCUGAACAAAUAUUAAACUAUUACAGAACCAAUGAAGUAGAUCAGUUCCAGUACUCCAGGCCAUUUAGGAAAGGUGAAAAGGACCCAGACAAUGAAUUUGCUACUAUGUGGAUUGAGAGAACGACCUUCAUCACUGCCUAUCGCUUCCCAGGGAUUCUCAAAUGGUUUGAAGUCAAAAUUAGCUCAGUGGAGGAGCUUAGCCCACUGGAGAACGCCAUAGAGGCCAUGGAGAUGACCAAUGAAAAGCUGGGCAACCUCGUACAGCAACAAGCUUUUGAUCGCUCUCUGUCCAUCAACCCGCUGUCCAUGAUGCUCAGCGGCAUUGUUGACCCUGCUGUCAUGGGAGGCUUCUCCAACUAUGAAAAGGCCUUCUUUACGGACACAUACAUGCAAAACCACCCUGAUGACCACGAUCGUAUUGAGGUCCUUAAACAUCUCAUUGCACUACAGAUCCCUCUGUUGGCAGAUGGAAUCCGCAUCCAUGGGGAGAAAGCAACGGAGCAGCUGAAGCCCUUCCACAAUCGUCUGGUUACAUGCUUCCAAGACCUUCGGGAGAAAGUGGAGAAGCAUUACGGCGUCAUAACCUUGCCCUGCUCUCUUACUGAGAGUAAGAAGAGUCGCGUGGGCUCUGUGGUGAUGCCCUACAUCCUGUCCUCCACCCUGCGGCGCAUGUCCAAUGUCUCAACCCUCUCCAGUGCCUCUUCAGGCCUCUCCAGCGGCUCUGCAUCAUCAGAUGGACCCUCCUGCAUUUCCUCUCAAGAUUCCUUGUUGUCCCAUCCCAGCGAUCGAAGGGCGUCCGUUCUGUCCCGCACUGAGGACGACAACAGAAUUGCUAGAAAGAACAGGAAGGAGUGGAGCGUGAGCAAAUCCCAGGUCAUAGUAGAGAGAAAGUCAGACACAGACGAGACUCCUCCAGAGAAGCAACAGAGGCCCAAAAGUUUACAGUUUGGAGACAGACGCCUCACCCUCUCCUUGUUCCAGGGCUCGCAGCUCAGCCUUUCUAACCCACUGAGCCCACUCCCCGCCUCUCCUAACACUCCACACACGCCGCGCAGCUCCAGUUACUCAUCACUUCUCAGUGACAACAAUGCCAAUACUAUUGACGCCCCAGGGACCCCCCCACCAAUGCCUCCCAAGAAACACCCGCAUGAGAUUGACAACCCAGGAUUGUCUUCAGAGUUCACACCUCCUUUACCAACGAAAACUGAGAGCAAACCUCCACCGCCGCCUCCCAAGACUAGAAAGUCAAUGCUCCCCUCAUAGGAGAGCCCUUCACAGCAAGGUGACACCUAAACCUUUAAAGGCCUAUAAAAAUUUCAGCAGCGCUCUGAUUUGGCUGUUUCAUAUUUUUUCGGCUUUGUGGAAACGCCACAGUAGGGUGCUAAUAUUGGGAACGUGGGGCGGAUUCAACGUUUUCUGCUGCUACAAUCUGAUGCAGGUCAUGUCGUUCCUGGCAGUCUCCUCUUUCUCAAAUUUUGAGCUGUUAAAAAAAGCAAAAACAUUUGCAUGGUUACUGUAUUGUUUAGGAGAAAUAGGUGUAUGAUUUGGGGCACAUUUUCGGUACAGUCUUGGAUGUGGUGCAUGCGCUUUUUAGGGAAGCCAAGCAGCUGUUGCUUCAUGAUAAGUCUGUAUGGUUUAUUUAUAUUAAGUGCCAGGGAAAAGACAUGAAAGAGUUGUGCGAAAUGAUAUUUUCUUUUUAUGUGUGCGUGGAUUGGAAUGACACUGGAAAACUUGUUCUUCCUCAUUGCUGGUAUGUAUGAUCAGAAAAAGCUGCCGUUCAAAAACUUGAUUAAGAGCAGGGAAUACAAUGUACAGAAUGUAAAUGUUUAGUUCGUGCACACCGACUGUGUUUUGCAGUGAGAUGACCAAAGCAGUUUUCCUAAGCCGUGAGGUUUGCAGAGACACUGGAUGGCAUUUUGAAUGUGAUGCAUUUUUCUGCAUUUGUCCUAUUUUUUUUUAUCCCAUAACGCUCCAAAAAAUACACUACAUCCUAUUUCCUAGUGGAAGUAUGGAUGGUCUUUAGUAGAUGUGGCCAACAACCACCACAUCAGCCCAACAGGUUUGCUUUAAUCUGCCAUUAUUAGUUGUAAACCCUGUAUUAUUUGCAUCUUGUGUAAUCUGUGCAAAAUCAAGUUAGAGAAGGUUAAUUUAUAGCUAAGCUGUUGAUAAAUGUUGGAACAACAUUGCUUAUUGUCAGGAACCCUUUGCUUCCUACAUACCAAAUUUAAAAUGAUCUAAGAUGUCUGUUAUAUUAACUAGAACAGCCUUUUUGCCAAAUUGCUGCUUUGGGAUCCAGAAAAAAAUCCGAUGCAAAAGCACAGGAGUUUGGUUUCAAGACCAUAAAAAAGGAUAGUUUUUUGUACAUGUUAGGCUGGACCUCUGUAACGGCAAAAACACUUCUCUGAUCUUUGAAAAGUUCAGAUCUUUUAAUAAUCUGUUUUUUUUAAAGCUGUUUUUCUUCUUUUCUUUAAUUCUGUUUGAUAUCUGAGCCUUUUUUAGCAGAUAUUUUACAGACAUUUUUAAUACAAAGCGAUUUUGCUGCACUCGCACCACUGAUUAUCUCUUUAAAGAAACAAUGAACUAUCUUAACAGAGCUUCAUCUGCACAUGCAUAGUGUUUUUAAACAUGAUUAGCAUUGCCAAUAUUGAGAUGCCCGGUUUUAUGCUAUAUUUUUUUAUGUGAAGUGUUUUACACAUCAUUGUACAAAAUGUGUAAAAUAGUCUUUGCCUCAAGAGAUGUAUCUUCUUGUAAUGAACAAAUUCUUCUUGACUGAAUCAAAAUAAAAGCAUAUUUGAAAUGCCA